UGAAUCAAGAACAGUCCCUUGAAUCAAGAACAGUCCCUUGAAUCAAGAACAGUCCCAUGAAUCAAUAAUAGUCCCUUGAAUCAAUAAUAGCCCCAUAAACAAAGGAAAAGCUUAUUAACGUGAAUCAGCCGGUUCUGCAGCCACAAAUUUGUUAUCUCAUCCUAUCAAGCUAAUUCCUGGGGACAAGUAGGCAAUUCAAUGGUGUCUGGUAGUAUCAAUCACUUGGUGUGCCUAAGUAUGGUAUGUUGAUGAUGCAAAUUACUAUGGUAAAGUUUGUUGAUGACUCAAUUACGUUCGAAAGUUCAUCGACGCUUUGUUAAAAAAAGGAACCGAGUCAAGUGUCAAAAGAUCAAUGUCAAAAAAAAAACUGAAAAAUGACAAAUCUCGGUACACAACCGGGUGCACUUAUGUCCGUGGAAAAAUGAUGUGAUAGGCUCGAGUAUAAAUUAUCAUCGAAUUAUUGGUUUUAGGUAUCAAGUAGUGGGACGAUGCUCAAGAUGAGAUUACUAAGGGUAGUGAGAUUAUUUGCCAUAAGUAAGAGAUUUAAUAGUACCUCUGUUAAGUCGGUUGCGGUAUUAGGAGGAGGACCAUCGGGAGCAGGAGCUGCUAAAGCCUUAUUUCAUGAAAAUUACUUUGAUAAAAUUAAGGUAUUUGAGAAAAGAAGUCUGUUUGGAGGAUUAUGGAAUUAUACUGAAGAGACUGAUAAUUCAACAACACCAAUACCUUGUGAAAAUGCUAACUUUGAUAUCACGCCAGUUUUGAAAAACCAAGGGGAGUACGUUUGGCCGGCACCGGUAUAUGAUUUUUUGGAUACCAAUGUUCCCAAAGAUAUAAUGACUUAUGCUGAUUUCCCAUUUCCUAGUCAUUUACCAUUAUUCCCCCAUCGGUCAGAUGUUUUGAAGUACAUGUGUGAAUAUGCGGAAUCGAUUCGUCAUCUUGUUUCUUUCAACACCAAAGUUGUCCAUGUUGAAUAUCAGCUGGAUCUUGGUAAAUGGCAAGUUAUUUCAAGACCAGUUAUAAUUGAAACUGAUGGUGGAUCUGUGCCAUCGGAGAAAUUUGCCGAUACCACGGAAUAUUUUGAUGCUGUUAUUUUGGCUAUUGGUAAUUAUGAUAUUCCUUAUAUUCCAAAUCGAAUUGGUAUGGAACAAUGGUUUAAGAAAUAUCCAAAUUCAAUAAUGCAUGUUAAAUCAUAUAGAAAACCUAAUCAGUUCAAAGAUGCUAAGGGGAAUAUACUUAUAGUUGGUAAUUCCGCCUCAGGAGGAGAUUUAGCAUUUCAAUUGACCACUCAUUUGAAUAGAACUAUUUAUAAACUGAAAAGAUCAGAAAAUUUAUUACCAGCCGGUGAAAAUGAUUUAAUUGUUGAUUUACCAGAUAUUGAAAAGUUCAAUUAUGAAAAUAAACUGAUUACUUUCAAAGAUGGUUCAGUUUUAGAAAACGUCGAUUAUAUUUUAUUUGCAACUGGAUACCUUAAAUCAUUCCCAUUUUUGAAAUUAGAUUCUUCUAAACCGCCAAUUUUAACUGAUGGCCAUAAGUUACAUGGAAUAUAUGAACAUGUUCUAUUAUACAACUAUCCUAACUUAGCCAUUGUCGGGGUUCCAAGAUUUGUUUUACCAACAAGAACUUCUGAGAGUCAAGGUAUUUGGAUUUCAAAAGUUUGGUCAGAUAAAAUUAAAUUACCUUCGAAACAAGAAAUGAUUGAUUUGGAACUAGAAAGAAUUGAAGUGAAAGGUAGUGGGAAACAAUUUCACGAUUUGACCUUCCCAGAAGAUGUUGAAUACUGUAAUCGUUUAAAUAAUCAAAUUUUAGCUAGCGUUGAAGGCUUAAAUCAUAAAGGUUUGAUACCAAAAAUUUGGGAUAAAGAACAAACUGCUUUAAAAGCUUCAAUAAAAAAUAUAAAAGAAGCUUACAUUAGAUAUAGAGUUCAAACGGGGAAAAAUGCUUCUAAUUAUCAAGAAUUAAUCGAUGCUAAAGUAAUUGAUAAACUCUUAAUUGAUGAUGAAGAAUUAGCUUCGUACGGUUUUAAAUUUAAAUAG